AUGGCGACAAAGGCACUCGAGGCGCGUUUCAAGCAUUUGUCGGUUCAUGAGAGUGACGGGCAAGAUGGGAUCGAUUUACACCAGAACACCAAGGUCGCGAACCCAAGCACGUAUUCAUCGGGCAAAACACGGCCAGCAGAAAGCUCCAAGCCCAAUUCGUACAAACAAAAGUGCACAAUCGACGAUCCCGUUGCUUCUCAAGUGGCUCAAGGAGAUGGCGGAAAGACUCUUCGCCGAGCCCGAACACCCCCCUCGGUUCUUUCGACGCGGACGGAUGAAAUGCCGAAGGUGGAUAAGCGCCCCAACACUGGUACUAAGCAACAAACCACACUCGCCUCCCGAGUGCCUGACUCCAAAGACGGAAAAGCGCCUGCCAGGGCUCGGCAUCCCCUCUCCGUUGUUGUGUCGCAGACACAAGGUACAGCUUUCGAGACACAAAGACACCAUGUUUAUGAUGUCGAGCAACACGUCACAGCCACAAAGAACGUGUCUUCGCAGGUGGCUAAAGCAAAAGGUCGACCACCUGUUUUUGUUGAUCAGCCUAAUGCGGCGGCGAAGGCAGAAGAACACUCUGCUCAGCUUAUCAAACAGCCUGUCCCCAAAGAACUGCAUCUGGGCAUGUUCGAAAUUGGCCGACCUCUAGGAAAAGGGAAGUUUGGACGAGUAUAUCUUGCGCGAGAAAGAGAGACUGGUUUCAUUUGUGCGCUAAAGGUGCUACAUAAGGACGAGAUCCGACAAGGAAAAGUGGCUCGUGAGAUCGAGAUUCAGAGCAAUUUACGUCACCCGAACGUCCUACGACUAUACGGUCACUUUCACGAUCGAAAACGAAUAUUUCUGAUUCUCGAGUAUGCCGGCAAAGGGGAAUUAUACAAGCACCUACAAAGACAAGACCGUUUUCCAGAAUGGAAGGCAGCCCGCUACAUUGCACAAAUGGCUAGCGCGCUAGGAUAUUUACAUCGCAAGCACGUUAUUCACCGAGAUAUAAAACCCGAGAACAUUCUCGUUGGUCUACACGGGGAACUGAAGAUGUCCGAUUUUGGGUGGAGUGUUCAUGCACCAAGUGGGCGCAGGCUUACGAUGUGUGGAACACUGGACUACUUGCCUCCUGAGAUGGUCGACCCGAAGAGAAGCUCGAAGCCUUAUAAUGAAAAGGUAGACAUAUGGGCUCUGGGGGUCUUGAUGUACGAGUUCCUAGUCGGAAGGGCACCGUUUGAGGACACACCCAAUAUGACACAUAGGCGAAUCGCGAAAGGAGAUAUGUCAAUUCCUUCUUUCGUUAGUCCUGAAGCCACAGAUCUUAUCAAAAAGCUACUUAUCCUUGAUUCGGAUCAGAGAAUUUCCUUGGAGAAAGUCCGACAACACCCCUGGAUCAUCAAACACUGCGAGAGCGUUGCGGAACAAGAUAAAUCUUGA